UCUGCAAAAAAACGCGGUUCUCUCUCUCUCUCUCAUCCUUUCUGUGCUUCGAAAGCGAAGUCGAACUACACGAGAAAAACAAAAACAAAAUAAUAAUAAAAAUACAACACUCGUGAAAACGAAUCCCCAACAAGAACAACCUGAAUAACUGAAACCAUAACCCUAGCCGCGACUUUUUAUCCCCUUCGUUUACCUCCAUCUACGUGCAGGUGAAGACUGAAACGCCACUGGAGAGCUAGAUUAGGGUUAGGGUUAGGUUUACGUUUGGAAAUUACGGUUUUGCUCUGAAGGUGGAUUUUGAACCCGAGCUAGAUUGGAAUUAGGAUUAGCAUUGGGGUUUCGGUUAUGGAAUGCGAAGGUGCUGGCGGGGGUUUUAGUGGUGCUGGUGGCUAGUGUAUGAGAUGACCGGUGGCCGAUGCCCCCGGCGAAAGAAGAUGAUGGGUAGGGGUCCUGACGGAGGUUGCGGCACUGAAGAGAGGCCUUGCCGCCUGAUUUCUAGGGUUCCGGCGACCCAACCUGAAAUUUCUCCAACGACAAAAAAGAAGCCAACUUCAUUUGAAGUUGAUUUCUUCUCUCAGGCGCGUAAAGCCCUAAGCGAGCGCUCUCCAUUUGAUAUCCCUGAGGACGGUUCUGGGUCCACCCUUUCAGGUGGUAGUUCAAUUGUGUCUACUUUGCCUAGUGGAUUGGCCAGUUUGCUGAAGCAUUCGGAUAGUAGGAAGAGGCAUAAAAAGUCACAUUCUAGUGCAGAUAAAAAGUCUUCGCGGGCAAGUGAGCGGGCCAAGGGAGGGAAUAUUUGGGUUGAAACUGAGGAGUACUUUAGGAACUUGGCACUGCCGGAUAUUGAUUCUUUGUUCGAGAUAUCUUCUUCAAUUAGGUCUUUAGCUGCUAGUAAGUGUUUUUUGAUUCCGUACGUUGGAAAUGAGAAACAUGAUUCAGGGCUUGACCCAGAGAGCUUGGACAAGAACGUGAUUAUGAAUUGUGGGAACGGAAAUGCACAUGCAAACGAGGUCGUGGAUAACAAUGUGACCGUAAAUUGCGGAAACGGAAAUGCACAUGUAAAUGAGGUUUUGGCAAUAGACGAAGUGAAGCAAGAGGACGAGCAAUUCAUGCAAAUUGACAGUGUGCGAGCUCAAAGUCACAGUGCCGAGUGUUUGCCUCAGGAGGAAGGAAAGGUUUGCUCCGUUUCAGAUUUCUGUAGCGGUUUAGAGUGGCUUUUAGGCUGUAGGAGUAGGAUUAUGUUGACCUCUGAACGGCCAUCCAAGAAGAGGAAGCUUCUAGGUAUGAAUGCUGGGUUGGAAAAGGUUUUGAUUGGUUCUUCCGGGGAAGGGAACUCAUCAUUAUGUGAUUUUUGCUGCAAGGGUGAGACGGGUAAUGAAUCGAACAGAUUGAUUGUUUGCUCUUCUUGUAAGGUUGCUAUUCAUCUCAACUGUUAUGGCGUGAACGGGGAUGUUGAUGAGUCUUGGCUAUGUUCUUGGUGUAAGCAUAAGAGUGGUGAUGAGGAUUCAGUGAAGCAGCCUUGCGUGCUUUGCCCAAAGCAGGGUGGUGCUUUGAAACCUGUUGGUGUGGAAAGUAGUGGGUCUGUUGUUGAGUUUGUACACUUGUUUUGUUCUCUGUGGAUGCCCGAGGUAUAUGUAGAGGACUUAAAGAAAAUGGAACCUGUUAUGAAUGUGAGAGAAAUAAAGGAAACACGGAGGAAAUUAGUGUGCAAUGUAUGCAAGGUGAAGUGUGGUGCUUGUGUUCGUUGCAGUCAUGGAAUGUGUAGGGCUGCCUUUCAUCCUAUAUGUGCAAGGGAAGCGAGACAUAGAAUGGAGGCUUGGGGAAAAUAUGGAUCUGAAAAUGUUGAGUUACGGGCCUUUUGUUCAAAGCACUCAGAAUUUCCUGAUGAUAGAGGUAACCCUCAAUUAGGAGAUUCUUUUAUAGCUAUGAGAAGUGAUUCAUUCACUGCCAACUGUAUUCCAUCAAAACUUUUGACAGACAAACAACACAAGUUAAAGAUUGGCCAAAAUGGAGAUAAAGUUGCAGUCCAUGUAGAAGCACCUGAUUCUAUUUCUGACAAAUCUGGCGAUAGCGAAUCACAAGAAAUUGAGUUAUCUGAUUCCAGGUUAAAUGAUGUGCUUGUAUCAGAAUGUGCUGAUGGGAAUCAAAUUAAUAACAUGGAUAUGCCUGAUAGAAGUGACAACGAGGAUGCUAACCUUUCUGAUUCACUAAAUCUUGCUCUGAUUUUGAAAAAGUUAAUUGAUCGAGGAAAAGUCAACACGAAAGAUGUAGCCUUGGAGAUUGGCAUCUCACCGAAUUCCUUACUUUCAACACUCGCUGAAGACAAUUUGGUACCUGACUUGCAAUGCAAAAUAGUUAAAUGGCUUAGAAAUCAUGUUUAUAUGGGAACAUUUCAUAAAAAUUUGAAUGUUAAACAAAAAUCCGCAAUUUUAUCAAAGGCUGAGAUGGCAGCUGCUGAUUGUUCUGAUGGUGUAACAGCAUUGGAGUCUGAUAUCACAGAUCCUGUUGCUGUUAAGUCAGUUCCUCCACGAAGAAGAACGAAAGGCAACAUUAGAAUUUUUGGGGAUAACAAAAUAAUUUGUUCAUCUAAGCAAUUUUCAAGUGACAGUGGGACAUUGAUGGAUGAGGUUAAAGUUCAUCAACUAGCCAAUGAAGAACCUGAAAAUUCGAGUGAAGUAUCUAUCCCUGUUGAAAAGAAAACAAUCAACCUUGAUGAGUUUCAAGACUCUUCAGCAACACAUUGUUCAAAAUCUGGAGAUAAUAUGUCAGGUUGCCCUCCUGAAAAAGUUGAAUCAGAGAAUGUUGCUGUUCCCCAGCAGGAUGAUUCAAGUAAAGCAGAUCAUCCAGUCCUGCCUGAUCUCAUAAAAAUGGAAGAAUUUUCACAUUCAUAUGUGCACACAUACAUCCAUAAGAAACUGUUGAAGAUGCAGAACGAGCAGCUCUUAAAAGGAAAUGUUUGUGAGUUGGAAGGUUUGAGGGUGGGAGAAACCUCUAGUCUGGAGGCUUCUUCCAAUGCCAGUGUCUGCUGUGAUCACCAGAAUAUACAUUCAAUGUGCAAUGACCUGUACAAAUCUGAUGAAGUAAAUCCAGAGCAGCUGGUUAAGGCUGAGAACAUGGAAGUUUGCAAACUAUCUCCAGCAGAUGAAGUGGAAGGAGAAAUUAUUUAUUUUCAGCAUAGGCUCCUUGGCAAUGCAGUUGCAAGAAAACACUUUACUGAUAAUUUAAUUUGUAAGGUUGCUAGGAGUCUACCACAGGAGAUUGACACAGCCAAGGCCCAAAGAUGGGAUGCAGUGCUUGUUAACCAGUAUCUUAUUGAGCUUAGAGAAGCAAAGAAGCAGGGCAGGAAAGAAAGAAAGCAUAAAGAAGCCCAGGCUGUGCUAGCAGCUGCAACAGCAGCUGCUGCAGCUUCUUCUAGGAUUUCAUCAUUUAGGAAAGACACAUUUGAUGACUCUAAUCAUCACGAGAAAUUUAAUAUUUCAAAUGGGAGGGCUGGCAUUUCUUCUCUGCUGAUGCCACGUCCAAAAGAGACACUUUCAAGGGUUGCUGUUCCAAGGAAUUCAUCAGAAAAGAACUCUGAUUUUGUUCAGUCAGUUUCAGAUUUUUCUAAAGAGCACCCUAGAUCCUGUGAUAUUUGCAGACGAUCUGAGACAAUUCUGAACCCUAUAUUAGUCUGUUCCAGUUGCAAGGUUGCAGUUCACUUGGAUUGCUAUCGUAGUGUCAAAGAAUCUACUGGUCCAUGGUACUGUGAAUUAUGUGAGGAAUUAUUGUCAUCUAAAUGCUCUGCAACUGUUUCCCUCAAUUUUUGGGAGAAGCCAUAUUUUGUUGCCGAGUGUGGUUUAUGUGGUGGCACUACCGGUGCCUUUCGGAAAUCUACUGAUGGUCAAUGGGUCCAUGCCUUCUGUGCAGAGUGGGUGUUUGAACCAACAUUCCAAAGGGGGCAAGUGAAUCCUGUCGAAGGAAUGGAGACAGUUGCUAAGGGAGUUGACAUUUGCUGUGUAUGCCGACACAAACAUGGUGUCUGCAUAAAGUGUAGCUACGGUCACUGUCAAACCACAUUUCAUCCCUCUUGUGCUAGAAGUACAGGUUUUUACAUGAAUGUUAAGUCUCUUAAUGGAAAAUUGCACAAGGCAUAUUGUGAAAGGCAUGGCUUGGAACAGAGGGCAAAGCAGGCUGAAACUCAAAAACAUGGAUUCGAGGAGCUUAAGAGCAUGAAGCAAAUCAGGGUUGAACUGGAGAGAUUACGUCUUCUUUGUGAGAGAAUCGUUAAACGUGAAAAAAUAAAGCGGGAUUUGGUUCUUUGCUCUCAUUGCAUACUUGCUUGCAAAAGAGACCAUGUUGCUCGUUCCGUGCUUGUUCAUAGUCCUUUUGUCCCUCUGGAUGUUAGUUCAGAAUCAGCUACAACAUCCUUGAAAGGGAAUACAGAUGGGUAUAAAUCUUGCAGUGAUGCAAUCCAAAGAUCAGAUGAUGUAACAGUGGACAGCACUGUUUCUAUUAAGCAUCAAAUUAAAGUUGCCAUGGAUGCAGAUCAAAAGACAGAUGACAGCUCCACAUCCCAACAUCUUUUUACCCGAAGACCUAUGGAGAGAAUUCCAUUUGCCGGAAAGCAAAUACCUCUUAGAGCAUCCCUUGCAUCUCGUAAUCCUUUGGACGAUGGAGAAUGGAGCUCAAAAUCUAGAAAGCGUUUCGAGACAUUUGAGAAAGAGUUGGUGAUGACAUCAGAUCAAGCAUCUAUGAAGAAUCAGCAGUUACCUAAAGGAUAUUUUUAUAUUCCUGUUGAUUGCCUUCCCAAGGAGAAGCAGAUGAACCAGGACGCACGAUCUGGUGAGCUAUUAGAACACCACAGGUAGAUGGAGGCAAAUUUUGGGUUUCUGAUUUGAGCACAGGAUAUCGACAGCCCUCUGCUGCAGACAACUGCCUUCUGCCAUGGAGCUAUGAAAUAUAUCCGUUAUUUGAUUUGUGAAGGGGUGAGAUUGGCGGAAUGAUGCUGAGAUGGUGUUUUGGAUGAUGUAUCAUCCCCUUUGAAUUGAACCAAACAUUCUGGACAAGGCAGUGAGUUCUUAGCAUCAUUGUUGUAUGUUCAUUGUGAGAGCAAUUGUGCAGUGGGUGAGGUUUUAUUCCAUUACAUGUAUUGCAAGCGGCUCAAAGUCAAUUGAUGCGUUUUUUGUGGUUGCGAAGCUCUGCUUGUAUCUUUAUGCAAGAAAUUAAAAGGGGUGGCCCACUGUGCUUGAGCUGUAAAGUUAUGUAAAUAUUUCUACAGUAUCAAUGUCAAAAGAAAAUUGAGCUCAA